AUGCAUAAACCCUCGCUGGCUCAAAUUGUGCACAGCGCAAUCUUUCCACGCCCCCGAACCAGUGAUCCAGCCACCUUUUCGGCUCAUAUCACCCGCAAUCUAGUCCCAGAAGUUCGUAUCGAAACAUCCACUUUCUAUGGAUCGCUGGACAGUAUCGAAGCCCAAUAUCCGGGUCUGGAUUACUCUUAUGGCCCCCACCGCAUGAGAUUAGGCCGAUUCCCUUGGCAUCGCAAGCUGUUCAAGGUCUUCGACGAGCUUGGUCUGACGGAGACCGAGAUCUCAUCCCUGUGCCGAUGGGAAGGUACCAAAUCCGCACGCGAGCGUUACGAGAAGGAAGAAGGCAUCAAGGUGCGGGACACCACCGCUGAGGCGAUCCGACCAGCAACGCCGUCUCCGCGACCCUCCGUGGAAAUUCAUUUCGAUGGUGUCGCCGGUUCAAUCAAACCACCAGAAGUUACGAUACAUGAACCGUUCGAGGAUGUCGUCACAACCGCCCAUACCGUUGAUGACCGGGUUAUCGACCGGUUGCCACAACCCCACAAGGUGGAGGAGGACUCCAGCGACGAGGAGAUGGAAAGCUGUGGCGUGGAAUUGAACCACCGUCUGCUCGCAGCAACCGCUGCGCGCGAGCAGGGUGCCAAUGUCCCACUCGAUGAAGACUGGGAGCAAUGGCUCAAGGAGGUCGGGGAACGCGGGAGUUACGCAGACCUGAUCAAUGCCAUCCGAACGGGCCAGCCGCUGAACUUUCUGCCCAACAUGGCCUCUCCGCUAGCACAGUUGCGUCGGACAGGCAUUGCACAAAUCUCGCCAUCUCUUCCGGAGCGUUUCAUGACUCCAGCACCGCCUAGGGUGCUUUCUUCGGGGGUUGCCAUUCGGCGGCCUCCCAACCCUCCCCCGGGAACUGCACGAUAA